CGCAACCGUUUUGUCGUAUGCGGAAAUCUUUUUGAGGUCUUCAUUGGGAGAUAUAAAUUCUAUUUUCUGAUUUGACAGCUCCCAGAGAAGCUCGAAGCUCGUUUUCCCUAAUUUAAGCUCUACUUUACUCGGGUCUCUGGGGCAGCAUACAAAUGUCAACUCCGGCACUUCCUACUACAUAUCUGUCUCGCAAUGAUUCCACGCUGUAUGAAGAUGUCGAAUACUCGAGUUCUGAUUUGACGAUCACAGAGGCAACGACAUGCCCGAAUACUCCGAGCUUUCUCUUGCGGACCUCUUCGACUUUCGGUGUGGUAGAUGGUAGCGCCCAGAGUUCUCAAGCUACAUUGAGCUCUACAGAUGCUCUGACGCAGGAACCGGUAUCUCAGAGAGAAUCUAUGAGUUCCAAUCGACGCUCUACCUAUCCAGGAGAGACAACUUCAUCGGGAUUCCUUUCUCCAGUUCCAAGUUUAGAAGAUAUCGAGAAGUGCUGCACCAGGUCCAUGACUUCCGUGGCUUCUGAUUCUGAUACUGAAAUGGGAUUUACGGACAACGAUGAACCAAGACCCGAGAGAACAUUAGGGUCACCUCCUUUCUUGAUGGAGCCGCAUUAUUUGAAUUAUAUUCGACUUCUAUCGUUGGAUCUGCCUCACUUGGCAUAUAGCCCUAUUCGCCCACAGCACGAUAUUAUGUCCCUUACUGUAUUGGACUUUUCGACUCGUUCGUCUUGUUGUCGAACUCGGUUCUUCAAUCAUGGCUCAGCUUCUGCACUCUCUGAGACUGAGAUAUCGAAUAUUACCCAAGUUCUUCAAGAUUCUGCGCGACCGACAGGGAGCGAUAUCAUGACGUCUGUCAUUAUCGCCGAAGACCUGUCUUGCGAGGUAAUGGAACUGCUUGGUUCUACUUUUGAACUUCAUCCGGAGUUCUUCGAGACACACUUGAUAAAUUCGAGGUAUGCGCGUCCAAGUCCGAAGCAGAUACCAGUUCCCCAGCCUAUCUGGCCAACAGCGUCAUUACCAAAGGAUUUCCAGUCCGUCAAAUGGUUCAGGCCAGUCUGGAGAAGUCCAGGUGCUGGGUCCCAGAGACUUUGGGAUAGCUAUCACCGGCAGCCCUUUCAUGGACUUAUUGCCAGUUCUCCUAGGAGAAAUAAAACUAGUCGUGGGUUAGUUUAUUUUGCGAACAACAUUAUCCGAUUUGGAUGGAACCUUGCAGCAGAACCACAGGAACUUCCUCAAGAAAAUAAAGAAGACUCUUCCAUGGGCACCACCGCGAUACCUGUGGCCUGGGAAGAAAGGGCGACCUUCUGUAUGAAGACUAUCGGGAAUAGACGAUGCAUUGUACUUCUUCUUGAUCCAUUACCGAUGGUAAAGGAAAAGCUGACCAGGAACGAGUCUGAUCCUGCUGCUGAGCAUCACGGAGAUAUUGACAGCGAGCGAAGGAGCCAAGAGAACCACGACUACGCUGUUUUCCGUGACAUGUACCUUAGAGGACUCAGUGAGAUUCCUCUGCAGCAGGUCGACAUUAACAACUGCUCUAAGGUCCGCCAACAGCUAAGAGAAUCCGUAUCAGCAUCUUUUUACCUACGGCAAAGGUGCGGAACGAGGCAUAGACAUUCGUCAAAUUCUACUCCCAAUGAUCCUUUGGAAAUCCUCAAUGAGCUUAUCUGUCACGAUUCCUUGAACCUCCUCCGAGUCAUCAACGGGACGCUGGAUCGUAUCCAGUCUAGUCUUUCAGACAGCCAUCUCACCGAGACGCAGCUAUGCCACUGGCACGAGUUUAUUAGAAGAUGUGAAGCGAAUAUUCCAACACUGCGGACCACUCUUUCUUCCCUGUCUAGAGAAUAUCAGGACACUACGGUCGAGCCACCGCUCCGAAGCACGGUCCGGCUUUCCCAAGAGGCUCUCGAAGUCACGGCUGCAACUUCAGCCCGGUUACAAGAAGUAUCUGCGUCUUUGGUGUCGAAUAUCAGUCUCCUAGGAACGAGACAGGAUAUCGCUAAGAAGAAGAGCAUUUCCAGGCUCUCAGAAUUAGCAUUCUUUUUCUUGCCUAUCAUUGUCUCAGCGAGCAUAUUUGGUAUGAGAGUCCGCGAACUCAACCACCCUCCAAUCUGGGCCUUUUUUACCCUGUCUAUCAUUCUCAUGCUACUUUCAUACGGACUGCGCUGGAUGAUGGCAAUUGACAUCUGGAAGAGAUGGAAGGAGUUCUAUCCAACGCAGUCUCAGCACGAAAUAUGUCGGUACCGGGAUGAUGUCCUGAGCGAAAGCACUGCACGGCGAAGCGUCAUGCGAUGGACGAUGAAGCGACGUAGAUUACCUUCUUACACUAUGUCUGGUAUGUUUUCCCCCCAAAUAAUGCUACGAGAAGCAUCUGGACGUCCAAUAAGCUUGAAUGUUGCGGAUUACGACAUCAGUAACUCCGCCCACCGCUGAUAAUUUAUAUUUAAACAGUUCCAAAGCUGCGAAUAACUCUAUCCAGACUUAGAGAAAUGUUUAGGAGAGAACCUCAGACAGCCCGGGAGGGUAGACAAGCAGUGUCUGGCUAGUCAAUUAUUGAUAUGCUUCGAGCGUAACUACAUAUGUUUCAUGCCUCGUAGAGGUAUGUGAAUGAAAUCAAAUGCAUAGCUAAGGAAAACAACGGAGUUGUAGUUAGAUGCCAGACUCACAGAAGAUAGGAUACCUAUUAAUACAGUACAACUGCUUAGCGUCC